AUCUGAGUUCAAAAUUUUUCCUUUUGUGUUUUCCCAUUUAUUAUUCCUGUGUGUAAAAUCAGGGUUUCCCGUUCCACCCACCUGUUGUUGCUGCCUCUUCUUCGCCUAAAAUCCCAAAUUCAACAUUCUCAUUCUGGUUUUUCUAGGCUAGGUGUUUCGGGUUUUGUAGAAAAAUCUUUUCUAGGGUUGGGUUUUAAGGUUUUCUUGAAAAAAUCUUUCUGAGGUUUACGGUAUACAGAGUAAAGUUCCGACUAUGGAUUCAUACGGUGUUGUAAAUCCCAACACCACCAUUCCGGGCUUUCAACCCAACAUGCGCGUAGCCUACAGCACCGACGGCGCCGCCGUGUACAGCCCCAUGAUACCGCCGCCGCCGCCGUUUCAAGGCGGCGGUGGCGGGUCUCCCGCGGUGCCGCCGUCGCAGGCCAAGAAGAAGCGCGGUAGGCCUAGGAAGUACGAAGUCGAAGGUGGUACUACCAUGUCUCCACUGCCGCUGCCGCCGCAGACGGAGGUGGGAUUUCAGCCGAGUGGCGGCGGCGGGGGUGGGACUUACCUGGAUGCGGAGGACAGUGGCGGGAUUCCAGAGAUCAAGAAGACGCGCGGCAGGCCCAGAAAGUGCACCGUGGAGGGUGGUGGUGUGCCUUCGGCGGCCGCGGCGGCGGCGCAGCUGGAGGCGGUUUUUCAGGCGAGUGGGUUGUCGUCUCCGGCUAUCAUGGGGUCUGCUUCUGCUGGGAAGAAGGCAAUGGGAAGGCCGAAGGGUGCCAAGGGACGGAAACAGGAACAAGUUGCUGACAUGGGGUCAGCAGGACUUGGGUUUACGCCACAUGUCAUAAUAGUACAAGCUGGAGAGGAUAUAUCCACAAGAAUAAUGUCGUUUUCUGAAAAUGGUACGAGAGGUCUUUGCGUUCUGUCAGCAAAUGGUACCGUAUCCAAAGUAACACUUCGUCAUGCGUCAACAUCUGGUGGAGCCGUAGUAACAUAUGAGGGACGCUAUGACAUCCUCCGUCUUUCUAACCCUGACAUGCUCGUAGAGACUGGUGGUCAGUGCAGCAGAACCGGCAGGUUAAGUGUGACGUUAGCUGGGCCUGACGGUCGUAUUUUUGGUGGCAGUGUGGCAGGGGUUCUAACUGCAGCCAGUCCAGUGCAGGUGGUCUUGGGCUAUUUGAUUUCAGGCCAGGAGGAUUUCAUAUUGCCGACUCAAGCAGGCCUGGAGGAUUUCAAAUCACCAACCCAAGCAGGCCGGGAGGAUUUCAAAUCACCAACCCAAGCAGGCCGGGAGGAUUUCAAAUCACCAACCCAAGCUGGUCCUUCAACUGCUCCACCAAACGUCGUUCCUGGAGCAUCAGCUGCUGGAAGCCCAAUAUCAUGGGGAACCAUGAGUGAUUCCUCGGGUGGCCCCGGAAGUCCUCUUAACCAGAGCACCCAAGCAUACAACAACGGCAGUAAUCAACAAGAAAUGAACUCCUUAUCUUGGCUUAACUGAUGCUGUAGAACUUGUGACCUGUUUCUGGCUUUUCUGUAGCCAUUAGUUGCAACUAGAGAAGGACCAUUGCAACAUUCCGGUUCCAAUUUACCGGCUGCAUUUCCAGUUAUGACAUGAAAACAUUUGAACGAUUCUUUGACAGCUCUAAAGUUGAUUGUGAUUUCUUUUUUGAACGGCAAA